AUGUGUCACUCAGAGGUGGGUGCACUCCGCCCCAACAACUCCAGUGCGGGAGAGGACCCUGGGACUGGGCUACAGUGGGCUGCCCUCCUCAUCGUUAUGGUGAUUAUUCCUACUAUUGGAGGAAACAUUUUAGUCAUUCUUGCUGUCUCACUUGAAAAAAAGCUGCAAAAUGCCACAAACUAUUUCCUGAUGUCUCUGGCUAUGGCAGAUCUGCUCGUUGGACUCCUUGUGAUGCCCAUCGCCUUGGUCACAGUCCUCUACAACUCCGACUGGCCUCUUCCAGAAUUUGUCUGUCCCAUCUGGCUCUUCCUGGAUGUGCUGUUUUCUACAGCAUCCAUCAUGCAUCUGUGUGCCAUCUCACUGGACAGAUACAUCGCCAUCAAGAAGCCCAUUCAACACAGCCAGUACAAGUCCAGAGCCAAGGCCUUGGUGAAGAUUGCACUGGUGUGGCUAAUAUCCAUUUGCAUUGCCAUUCCGAUACCGAUUAAGGGUCUUCAGAAUUACCCUCUUCCAAACAAUGUGACAUUCAACAGUAACCAUACGUGCCUGCUAAAGACGGACACUUUUAAAGAGUUCAUCAUGUUUGGAUCUUUGGCGGCAUUCUUCAUCCCUUUGACCAUCAUGAUGGUCAUCAAUCUACUCACAGUCCAAGUACUGCGUAAAAAGGUUCAUCUGCUCAGGUCCAGAGUGACUCAGCGACUGAGCUAUCCCAAUGUGUUUACAGUGUUUCAUAGGGAAUACCCUGGUAGUGUCACCCACUCUCAGCAAGAGCAAAUGUUAGACCUCAGGUUUCCAUGGUUACAAGAAAAGCCCAAUACAGGACCCUUACACUCAUCUGCAGGUAGAGAGAUGCCUGUCUGCAGAAUGUCCACUAUGGGCAAAAAGUCAAUGCAAAGUCUGAGCAACGAACAGCGAGCCUCUAAGGUUCUAGGCAUAGUCUUUCUCCUGUUUGUGGUCAUGUGGUGCCCAUUCUUCAUCACAAACAUCACCUCUGUGCUGUGCACCAGUUGUGACAUGAACCUGAUCGCCCGCCUCAUGGAGGUCUUUGUUUGGGUCGGCUAUGUGUCCUCAGGCAUAAACCCUUUGGUGUACACUCUGUUCAACAAAACAUUCAGGGAGGCAUUCACACGCUACAUCACAUGUCAAUACAAAAACUAUAGGCCCAAAGUACACGGCAGGCCGCCAGCGUCCUUCACCACAGAAAGAACACUAACACGGAUGUCAUUUCAGUCUUCAAUGGCUGAAAACUCAACACUGUUCAAGAAACAUGGGAUGAGGAAUGGCAUUGGAGUCAGCUACCAAAGCCCACUGAGGUGCAGACAGGCCACGAGUCAGGCAGCUGCUGCUGUGGUUUUGGACACAUUGCUUCUAACGGAAAAUGUGGACUGUAAACACGAGGAACAUGUCAGCUACGUGUAG